AUGUCCACCGGUGUAGUUUGCGCAGACGAUGUUGCCACAACCUUUGAAGGUUUCAAGAUCCAAGCCGAAGGAUUCAAGUACCGUUACUACAUCUACAAGAUUGUUGACAAGAAGACUAUUAUGAUCGAGAAGCAUGGAGAACGUAGUGCCACUUACGAAAACUUCUGCGAAGACAUGCCUGAUGACGAUUGCCGUUACGGAUUGAUAGAUUUGGAAUUCAAUUCGAAAGAUGGACGCCCAACCUCCAAGUUGGUUUUCAUCACCUGGAACCCUGAUACCGCCUCCAUCAGAAACAAGAUGCUUUACUCGGGCUCCAAGGAGUCCAUCAAGGCCGCCCUGAACGGUGUUGGUAUCCACAUCAACUGCACAGACCGAUCUGAGUUGGACUUUGAGAGUACCAUCCUUCCUACUCUCUUGAAGUUCGCCUAA